AGGCUCUAAACAUUAGCGCUUUACGGCAAAUAAACUUAUUAAUUACCUUUUAAUGUCACAUUAGUUUCAGUUCUCAGAGGCUUUACGAAAAUGAUUCGCACAUUUGUUUUGUUAUUUUUGUUGUGUCUGGUUGGUGUGUUUGAUGUUGAGUCACAUGAAGUUUCAGUGAUGAUGGGAGAUUCUGUCACUCUGGACUCGAGUGUUUCUGAAAUGCAACCAAAGAAUGAGAUCGAGUGGAGGUUUGACGGCAUUCGCAUAGCUAAAGUAAUGAAGGGCAAUCCUACAUAUUAUGAUAAUGCGAGAUUCAGAGACAGACUGAAGCUGGAGAGAAAUGGAUCUCUCACCAUCACAGACACCAGAAUCACAGACACUGGAGUCUAUGAAUUAAGUAUUAUUAUUAAUAAUGAGAUAACCAAGACGUUCAGUGUUACAGUUUAUGCUCCACUAUCCAUUCCUGUCAUUACCAGUGACAUUUCAAAAUGUUCAUCAAGCUCAAAAUGUGCACUGCUGUGUUCAGUGAUGAAUGUGAGUCAUGUGACUCUCUCCUGGUACAAAGGAAUCAGUGUAUUGUCCAGCAUCAGUGCGUCUGAUCUCAGCAUCAGUCUCUCUCUUCCUCUGGAGGUGGAAUAUCAGGAUAACAACACUUACAGCUGUGUGAUCAACAAUCCCAUCAGCAACCAGACCACACACGUCUGCAUUACCGAUCUCUGUCGUUUGUGUACAGUUCUCUCUUCAGAUGAAGUUCAUAAUUGUGAAAGCACUGAAGCUGUGAUCCGAUUGGUCGUCACUGCUCUGGUGGGCGUGUCCGCUGUGGCUGCUUUCAUUGUGCUGGUUUAUGACAUCAGAUCAAGAAGAGUUGAACUGGAGAGACAUCAGACCUUCAAUGAUGGAUCUAAUAUUCUAAAAUAAGAAUAAA